AUGAGGGUGACGGAACUAAUCAUCGACGGCUUCAAGUCGUACGCCGUGCGUACCGUGAUAUCAGGAUGGGACGAGAGCUUCAACUCGAUCACCGGCCUCAAUGGCAGUGGCAAGUCCAACAUCCUGGAUGCCAUCUGCUUUGUCCUCGGCAUCACCAACAUGUCCACAGUCCGCGCUCAGAAUCUACAGGACCUCAUCUACAAACGCGGCCAAGCAGGCGUCACCAAGGCUAGCGUCACCAUCGUGUUCGACAACAAGGACAAGAGGCGCUCGCCCAUCGGGUUUGAGGAAUACACGACCAUUAGCGUGACGCGCCAGAUCGUUCUCGGCGGGACAACAAAAUACCUAAUCAAUGGUCAUCGAGCACAGCAGCAGACCGUCCAGAACCUGUUCCAGUCGGUCCAGCUCAACAUCAACAACCCGAACUUCCUGAUCAUGCAGGGUCGCAUCACCAAAGUGCUAAACAUGAAGGCCGUCGAAAUCCUGGCCAUGAUUGAGGAGGCAGCAGGAACGAGGAUGUUCGAGGAUAGGAGAGACAAGGCGAUCAAGACGAUGGGGAAAAAGGAAAUGAAGCUCCAGGAAAUCACAGAACUACUCCGCGACGAAAUCGAACCAAAGCUCGAGAAACUCCGCACUGAGAAGCGCGCCUUCCUCGACUUUCAGCAAACACAAAACGAUCUCGAGCGGGUUGACCAGACAAAGAAGCAACGUGAAAAGGAUUUGGAGGAAUCGGCCACACGCCUCAAGAGCGAAAUUUCGCAUUUGGAGGAAGAUGUGAAGAGGGUCAAGGAGCAGAGGGACAAGGAAUUACGGGAAGGGCGGCAAGGCGCAAGCCCUCGAAGAUGCGAGAGGAGGACAGGUUGCGAGAAGACCGUCGCCGAGCUGGAGGCAACCCUGAAGGAGAAGACCAAGGCGUACGAAAAAAUCAAGGCCAAGUACGACUCUGCAAAAGAAGCGGCCGAGAAGCAGGCUCAGGAGGCGGAGUCGAAAGAAGAACUGCUCCAGACCCUGCAAACCGGUGUCGCAUCCAAGGAAGGCCAGGAGAACGGGUAUCAGGGACAGCUACAAGACGCUAGGAACCGAGUCACAGCAGCCGUGACAGAGCAAGAGCAGGCCAAAAUCAAAAUGGCCCAUCUCGAAAAGCGGAUAAAGGAAGAAGAGCCGCGCGCGGUGAGGGCGAAAGACCAAAACGCCGGGCUUCUCAAAGAUCUCGAGGGGCUCAAGCAUCAGGCUCAGAGGUUAGAGAAGGAGCUUGGUAAGCUUGGGUUUCAACCUGGCACGGAACAGGAGAUGUAUAAGCAAGAGAGCCAACUCCAACAAACCAUCCGGAAUCUGCGGCAAGAAUCCGACGCUCUCAAGCGUAAGGUAGCCAACAUCGACUUCAAUUACGCCGACCCUGUACCCAAUUUUGACCGGUCCAAGGUCAAGGGUCUAGUAGCUCAGCUGUUCUCUCUCGACAAACAGUUCACACAAGCAGCUACAGCGCUUGAAAUCUGCGCGGGCGGGCGGUUAUACAACGUUGUUGUGGACACAGAAGUCACCGGCACGCAGCUCUUGCAAGGAGGAAGACUGCGAAAGCGGGUGACCAUUAUUCCCCUUAACAAGAUCGCCACCUUCAGGGCAUCUGCGCAAACCGUUGCCACCGCUCAAAGGGUCGCACCAGGGAAAGUUGAUCUGGCACUGUCCCUUGUCGGCUAUGACAACGAGGUUUCGGCGGCCAUGGAGUAUGUCUUUGGCAAUACUCUGGUGUGCGCAGAUGGUGAGACAGCCAAGCGGGUUACCUUUGACCCCAACGUACGGAUGCGGAGUAUUACACUAGAAGGUGAUGCCUACGAUCCCUCGGGUACUCUCUCUGGUGGCAGUGCGCCGAACUCAAGCGGUGUGCUGGUCACGUUACAAAAGCUCAAUGAGCUUACAAGGCAGUUAAGGGAAGCCGAGGCAUCACUGGGCCAGUUGCAAUCCCAAAUCGCGCGAGAGAAGUCCAGGCUUGACCAGGCGAAGAAGAUAAAGCAGGAGCUCGAUCUCAAGUCGCACGAGAUCAAGCUUGCCGAGGAACAGAUUGGCGGCAACUCCUCCUCAUCUAUUCUUCAAGAGGUACAGAAGAUGAAGGAAACGAUUGCGCAGCUCAAGGAGUCGGUUGUGGAGGCUAAGAAGCGGCAAGCUGAGGCUAGCGCUGAUGUCAAGAGGAUCGAGAAGGACAUGAAGGACUUCGACAACAACAAGGACGCCAAGCUCAUUGAGCUUCAGGCUUCGGUUGAUAAACUCCGUGUUGCCGUCGAGAAGAUGACGGCGUCGAACAAGGGUCUCCAAAAGGAGCUCCAAAACGCACAGCUCGACUCGGAGCAGGUAUCUGGCGACCUAGCCGCAGCACGCGAACAACUGCAAGAGAUUGACCUCGCCCUCAAGGCGCAGAAGGAGGAGGUCGAGGAGCUCAUCAAGAAGCAGCAGGAGAUCAAGGAGACGCACGACACCGCGCAGGCGCAGCUCGAAGAGGAGCGCACCAAGCUCCACGUUUACGACGACGAGCUACGUGCCCUUGAGCAAGCCAUGCGGUCCAAGAACGCACGUAUCACCGAGGAGGGCCUAGAGAAGCAAAAGCUCGGCCAUCAGGUCGAGAAGUUCAACAAGGAGCAGCAGGCUGCGGCGCAGAGCGUGUCCCGUAUGGAGCAGGAACACGAGUGGAUCGCCGACGCGCGCGACCAGUUCGGGCGCACGGGGACGCCAUAUGACUUCAAGGGCCAAAACAUCGCCGAGUGCAAGGCGACGCACAAGAACCUGCUGGAGCGCAGCCAGGGCUUGCGCAAGAAGAUCAAUCCCAAAGUCAUGAACAUGAUCGACAGCGUCGAGAAGAAGGAGGUCUCGCUCAAGCACAUGAUGCGCACCGUCAUCCGCGACAAGCGCAAGAUCGAGGAGACCAUCAUCAGCCUAGACGACUACAAGAAGAAGGCGCUGCAUGAGACAUGGGAGAAGGUGAACGGCGAUUUUGGCCAGAUCUUUGCCGAGCUGCUCCCGGGCAGCUUCGCCAAGUUAGAUCCGCCCGAGGGCAAGACCAUCUCGGAUGGCCUUGAGGUCAAGGUGUCCCUAGGCAAAGUCUGGAAACAGUCUCUCACCGAGCUGAGCGGCGGUCAACGCUCCCUAAUCGCCCUCUCCCUGAUCAUGGCGCUGCUCCAGUUCAAGCCGGCGCCCAUGUACAUCCUGGACGAGGUGGACGCGGCGCUGGACCUGUCGCACACGCAAAACAUCGGCCGCCUCAUCAAGACGCGCUUCAAGGGCUCCCAGUUCAUCGUCGUCUCCCUCAAGGACGGCAUGUUCCAGAACGCGAACCGCAUCUUCCGCACCCGCUUCAGCGAGGGCACCAGCAUGGUCCAGGCGCUCACGCCCGCGGAUUUGAGGUGA